ACAACUCCACUCUUCAGAAAUUGUUGUGACAUUUAAAGCGCGGUAUGAUUUUGUUCUAUUAAAUAGGUGUUUUGAAAUUAUUAAAUUUCUAGUGAUUUUAUUCUUAAUUCUUUAAUAGAAUUUGCUUUUCAAGCAACAAUACAGAUGGCUGAAAAUAAGGAAUUAAAUCCCGGCACUGCUUCACACGAGCUUGAUGAAAAUAAAAACCCUUCGUCGUUAAACAUUUGUCCCUCAUUUAAUAUGGUUAAUAACAGUUUUAAUUUUGAAUCAGAUAAAAAAUGUCCUGGACCCGAAUCCCCAUGUUCUCCUGCUGAUACUUUGUUACCCGUUGGUCUCUCGACUUCGCAAAAAAAUGCUUUGGUUGAUAGUGGAUUUCAUUGUGAAAAUUUGGAAAAAAUUACGCCGGAAUUAGUUAAGAGUUUCUGUGAGUCAGUGGACAACGAGUUUGCUAAUGGCGUGUGCGAAGAAAAACAAGUUUCUACUACUCCUGGCACUUCAAUUCGUACAACUAGUGAUAGUUUAAACGACUCUAAAGAUGCGAGUUUAAAUACAUCUACUAAUAUUACUCUUAUGUUUGAACGUCUUACAUUGAACUCUGCAGGAAAUGCUCAAUCUGCAGAAUUAAGUGCCUUACCUAAUGAUCUGGCACCUACUGAAACCUCAUGUAACCUACCAAUGCCAACUGAAGUGCCAUUAAAUGAUAAUUUACAGCUUACCAAUCUAUCUAAAGUGGAUGUUAAUUCAAAUGGAUCGAAUACUAAAACUCUUAAUAUUUCAGCGUCACCUGAUAAAAAUGUGCCGCAACUUCAUCUGCCUGAUCUAAAUUAUGUUCCUAACAUGGAAAAUAUAGUGCUGCCUGAUGAAUCAUUUAAUUGUUCCAAUCCAGUUAAUGUAUCUAUGAAUACUAAUGUUGAAAGUUUAGAUACAAAUGCAUCUGAUAUAAAUAAUUCUAUUUUUACUAAAACUUCUCUUGAUGAUGUUUUUAAAUGUCCUUUACCAGUGCCUGAAUCCAGCAAUGUGCCUAAUGAUUUUAAUACCUCUCUUGAUAAUUCGUUCCCAGUUGAACCUGAUGACAAUCUUGAGGGAGAAGAGUUUCAAGAUGCUGUCCAGUUCUUUAAAGAUCCGUCCUCAUUCCAAGUCUUAGAAGAUAUUAAAACUUCUGAUAUAAGUAUGCCCAGAGACUCACUUUAUAUGACUUUUGAUCCAUUGUAUAAAAGAGUUAUACAACCUACUGAUGUUGAAUCUGUGGACAUGAAAGAAAAAGAUAAUGCUUAUUUUGGUAAAGUAACUGUAAAGGAGGAAAUUUGUGAUGCGAAUAUUGCCGCAAAUAAUCACUUAAUGAGCAAACAUGCUCGUGAAUCUCUUGGUAUAAAUUUAGUAUCCUUUGAUUCGCCCAUUAAAAUUAAUUCCAAUACGGAUUCUAAAGAAGAUAUUGUUGAAAAUGAUCAGUCUUUGAUAAACAAACAGUCUUCUCUUAAUUUUGGCUCUGAAUCCCUUGGUAUCAAAUUAGAAGAUUCACCUAUGAAGAAUUCUUCAGAUACAUGUUCUGAAAAAUUUGGAGAUUUGACCAAAGACUCCUUAAAAGAAGGAAUUAGUAAGGUUGAAAAUAUGCAGCAGUUUGUGAACAAACGUGCUCAAGAACCACUUGGUAUCAAUUUGGUGUCUUUUGAUUCACCAAGAAGGAAUAAUCCUGAUGGUAAUACUGAAAAUGAAAGUGAGACAAAUAAGAUGCCUGUAAAAGAAGAAAUUUGCAGUUCAAAUGAAGUUGAAAAUGAUCAGCAUGAAGUAAACAAACCUGCGACUGGUGUCCCUGCCGACCAAGACACGCUUGAUAGCAAGUUGGAAUCUGAUUCACCUGUAAAGGGUAGUUCAGAAAAAAAUUCUGAAAAAGUUAGUGAUGAUAAAGACAACAUAUUUGUAGAGAAAGAAAUUUUAGAUGGAAAUCAGCAGAUUGUAAAGAAACACCUCACUCGAGAGUCACUGAGUGGUAAUUUGUUGUCAUUCGAUUCACCCAUUAAAUGUAAUUUUGAAAAUGUAAAAACUUCAGAAAAUGAGCAAAAGCUUCAUACAGACGAAGAAUUUCAACAGGCCUUGAAAAUUUAUGAACUCACCAUGCAAGAAGCAUAUUUAAAGAAACAAAAAGAACUCGAGGAAGAAGCUUUAAAACAAGGAAGCGAGAAUGUUAACAAAUUGAAUCAAAUUACCAAGUUGUGUAAGAUUCUCCUUGACACUAUGUCUGAUUUAGAAUCCAUAGCCUCGGAACAGAAUGUCAAAAUUGGUGAAUUAUCAUCGAGAAAUAAAUAUCUCGAAUCAGAAAAUCAAGAGCUUACCACUAAUCUUAAAACCACUACAGAAGAUUUUCAAAGUGUGGAGCACACUUUUUCUGAUUUUCACAAGCGCUACGUCCAGUGUAAAGACAUGUUAAAAACAUACAAAGACAACGAAGAUCAAUUAAAAACGCAUAUUGAAAAUCUGACUAAAAGACUUGAAGAAGAGGAACAGCUAAAUGCAACGUUAAAAGUGAAAAUGGGUGAAAUGGUUGAUAAAGCUAAUGCUGAAGUUGCUUCUGCUAAAAAAGGCGGUGAUGCUCAACUUGCAGUCCUUAAUGCUCAGUUAAAGAAAUCUGAACUUAAAGUGUCAUCUUUGGAAAACGAUUUAAGUCAAGCUCGAAUUGAAAAUUAUAAGCUGAGCGGUAUAUGUGAUGAGCUUAUGGCAAAAGUUAGUGAGGCAUAAAUUUUGAUAAAUACAUUUUAUAUUACAUAUCUUUAAAACCAAAACUUAAGGGAUUUUCUGACAUUUUAUUAUCCAUUUCUAUUAAAGUUUAAAGAACAAAAUGUUAAAUAUUUUAAAUGUUCACAUUUUGUAGUAAAAGUUAAUGAAACAUAAUUUUUAGUAGGCAUAAUUUGCAAUAUAUCUCUAAAACAAAUAUUCAUUUUCUUUAUAGUACUCUUUACAUAUUUUAUGCUUGUUCUAAAUAUUAUGAAAUAUUUUUUUGCUAUUGCACCUUAGAUGUACUAGAAUGUUUAAGUAUUGUAUUUUAUUUACCUUAUGCAUUUUUAGGACCACAAUUGUGUGCCAUAUGAGGGAUUGUUAUUUUCAAUUUGAAUUGCAGUUAUGCAUAUUAUUUGUAAAAAAUAUUUUUAUGUGUACAUAGUUUGAUUCACGAUUUAUUAUCACAAUAUUCUCAAUUUAUAUAAUUUGCUGUUUGUGUUUGACAGCUGCAUGUAAAAAUAAAAUUUUCUAAAGAUUAUAAAAAAAUUUCAAUAAAUUUAUAGUUUUA